AAGAAGACGAAGGAUGAUGGGGAUCUAGAAUCAAGGAUGCUGAGAGAGAGAAACGAGGAGUUGGAGAGAGAGCUGAGGAACAGCAAGGAGAGGGAGGAGCAGAUGAAGACGGAGCUCUCAAAGGCCUGGGAGAGAUUACGAGUUGCAGAGGAGGCGGAAGAGAGGCUCUGCAACAUGCUUGCCGAACUAGAGGCCGAGUCCCUUCACCAGGCGCGUGAUUAUCACGCUCGCAUUAUUUCCCUCAUGGACCGGCUCUCGCAGCUUUCUUCGUCCUGAUCGACGUACACUGUGUAUGAAUAUGAUCAGUAUAUAUCCGGAAUCUUACAUCAGUACCGAAUUAAUUCUGGUUCUGUUCUUUACUGUAUCUGCGGUUCGCGCUUCUCCUCCUUGUCUCCGUGUACUUUUAUUUUUUUCCUUCUUUUUGUGAUUAGGUUGUAGUGUUGAUAAACUGUUCUUCACCACCCCGCGAAGAAGAAGAAGAAGAUAGGCUAGUUUUUCUUUUUAGUUCCUCUGUAUUUAGAUUUCUCUGUUUUGUUCUCCGACGCAGCUGUAAUCUGCUUGCACAUGACAGUAAUUUACACUUAAUAUUUUCGCUAAAUUACAAAAAA